ACAGCUAAGUAGCUAAACAACUUUUGUGUGUGAUAAUUCAAAACCCAAACCAGUGAAUAUACAAAAUGAAGUGCUUCGCAACGAUAGCUCUCCUUGCCUGCGUCUCGCUCGCCCGUGCCGAACCACCAGUGCCCCAAAACCAAUACUUGCCCCCCAACCAAGGUGGCCAACAGCCCUCAGCCCAAUACUUGCCGCCCACCCAGUCAUUCCAGUCGCCGUCCAGCAACUACCUGCCACCACAACGUAGCGGCGGCGCUGCUGGCGCUCCACCCAGCACCAGCUAUGGCGCGCCCGCUGCCGGUGCGCCCAGCUCACAAUACGGUGCACCAGCUGCGCCCAGCUCGCAAUAUGGUGCUCCUGCUCUGACCGGUGCCAUCUUCUCCAAGCAGCAAGGCGGUAAUGGCGGCUAUGGCAGCGGCAGCGGCAACGGCGGUUAUGCUGGCGAGGAACAAUACGGCCCAGCUAAAUACGAAUUCAAAUACGACGUGCAAGACUACGAAUCCGGUAAUGACUUCGGACACAUGGAACAACGCGAUGGUGAUUUGGCUGUUGGCCGUUACUACGUGCUCUUGCCCGAUGGCCGCAAACAGAUCGUCGACUACGAGGCUGAUGGACAUGGCUACCGUCCCACCAUCCGUUACGAACAGGUCAACAACGGUUUCAACGGCAAUGCUGGCGCCGGUGGACGUGGCGCACAGGGUGGCCAAUUCGCUGGCUACCAAUAAGGUGCCCAGGCCCGAGGACGCGUGUCGUUAAACAAGUGUAGACGAUUUUUGCCAGAAGCUCAAGUGCUGUUUGUCGUUGUGUAGCGAAAUAGAAAGGAACAGCGUGAGAGAGGAUGUGCAUUAGUGGUAGAGAUGAAAUCGUUAUGUAGCAUUUACCGUGACUUGCGCGGCCUAUCGCCAAGUGUCUACGUUUUUUAAUACUUUUUUGUUUAUUUUUGCUCCUUUUACGUUUUCAUGGUUUUCUUUGUUAGUUUAAGCCAAACAGUUGAGAUUAUAAGCUUCAUUUAAUACGUAGGUGUGUGCGCGCUUUGCAAGCGCUUCGAAAGCGUCGCACAAAAGCUUUCACUUUCAUCUCAUUACACCACCCGCCGUUACAAUAUCGGCUCGCCUCUUUCGUGUCUCUCUUUCUAACUGCCACAACAACAACACACACACUUGAUCCUUCAACGCAACUCCACAAAGCAUACGACAACUAAUCAAUCAAACGAUGCCCGUCACUUGCCAUUUGCUUCCGCCGUCACCAAAACAACAACUACAAAACAAAGCAACAGAACUCGAGACACCAGCAAGCAGCAAUGCCAGCAGCGCUUUGCGGCGGAACACACUUGUUGUAAAAUUUGUUAUUCGUUAAACGUAGCAGCUAUCUCCAUCUAUCUUAGCCAAUAAGCACUCUCAUUUUAGUAUAUUUCAACUGCAGCUUUUGAAAACUCACAACACAAAAGCAUACAAUUUGUAUAAAAUACCAGCAUACACACACAUACUCCCAUCUAUCCACACACAUAUGCAUCCCAUAAACUUAGGAGGAAGCACACAGUGUGCCCACGAGAUUCAUUAUACUCUUUUUACAUAAUAAUCAUCGAUUUUUUAUAUUAUAAAUGCAAAAACAAAACAAAAAUACUUAUGUAAAAACGGUAAUUGUCGUUGUGAAGCAACAACAAUAGUUAAUAAUGUAAUAACGUGUAAGCCAGAACAAUUGUGCAUGUCAUAAAAAUAUCA